AUGGCUCUUCUUCAUCUCCACAACAUCCUCCUCCUAUCCACUCCAUCCACUUCCUACUAUUCCAAACCUGCUGCUGCUGCUUUCAUACAGCAGCAAAGACCACCACCUCUCAUCACCCAACAUAAUCAUCAUAAAUGCCGCAUCGUCAUUUCAUCGAACAACAUCAGAUGCCAUGCAACAACAACAACAACAACAGCAAGCACUCAUUCCUUGGAGACAACUACUGAGGAUCAUAGGCGAUCCGCAAACUACCCACGCUGCAUCUGGGAUUUCGAUUUUGUGCAAUCCUUAAAUAGUGAUUACAAGGGUGAGGCCUACAAGAGCAAAACCAAGAAAUUGGAAGAGGAAGUAAGGUGUAAGCUUGAUGAUGAAGCUAUGGAGCAGUUAGAUCUACUGGAGUUGAUUGAUGACAUAGAGAGACUUGGGUUAGGGUACCUCUUUCAAGAGGAUAUCAAAAAAGCCCUGGACAUCAUCAUAGUUUGCUUGGAAGAUGUCCAAACGAUGAGUACAAGGGAUGAUGAGAGUCUCCAUGCUACAGCUCUUCGAUUUAGGCUCCUUAGACAACAUGGGUAUGAGGUGAACCCCCAAGGUAUGUUCAAUCACUUGAAAGACAAGACAGGCAAUUUCAAGGCUAGAUAUGUAGCAGAGGAUGUCAAGGGAAUACUAAGUUUGUAUGAAGCUUCUCACCUUGCUGUAGAAGGUGAAAGCAUCUUGGAGGAGGCCAAACACUUCACAACCAAAGCUUUAAAGGAGAUUAUUAUUAAGGGUAAUCAUGAUAUAGAACCAAUCCUAGCAAAACAAGUGAAUCAUGCCUUGGAGCUUCCCCUUCACUGGAGGAUAACAAGGUUGGAGGCUAGGUGGUAUAUUGACAUCUAUGAGAAAAAGGAGAACUCAGUGAUUCCUGCUUUAAUCCAACUAGCUAAGUUGGAUUUCAACAUUGUCCAAGCAAUACAUCAGGAAAAUUUAGCCGAUUUAUCCAGGUGGUGGAAAAAUUUGGGCCUUGGAGAACAGUUGAGUUUUGCAAGAGAUAGCCUGGUCCCAUGCUAUUUAUGGACAUUGGGUUUGAACCCUGAGCCUCAAUUUAAUAAUUUCAGGAAGGAUCUGACUAAGGUUAACGUGUUAAUAACGACGAUCGAUGAUGUUUAUGAUGUCUAUGGUACCUUGGAAGAACUCCAACUAUUUACAGAUGCUGUGGAGAGAUGGGAAAUUACAGCAAUGGAACAACUUCCAGACUAUAUGAAGAUGUGCUUCUUGGCUCUCUUCAACACUGUUAAUGAAAUGGCCUAUUUUCACCUCAAGCAACAUGGAAUUGACACCACACCUUUCCUAAAGAAAGUGUGGAUCGAUCUAUGCAAAACAUACUUAGUAGAGGCAAAAUGGUAUUACAAUGGUCAUAAAACAACACUUGGGGAGUACCUAAACAAUGCAGUGAUUUCAAUAUCCGGUUACGUCGUACUCAAUCAUAUCUUUUUCUCAUUGCCACAUCCAACUAUUCCAGAGGAGGCGUUAGAUUGCUUAUCACAAGAUGAUGAUUUGAGUCUCUUACAUUCCACAUCCAUGAUAGUUCGACUUGCUGACGAUCUUGGUACUUCGGUGGCGGAAUUAGAGAGAGGUGAUGUACUGAAAUCAAUCCAAUCAUACAUGUAUGAAACCGGUGCUUCUGAGGAAAUGGCUCGUGAACAUAUAAGGCAUAUGAUUGAGGAGACAUGGCAGAAGAUGAACAAGGACAUAUUCAAUAAUAAUAAUAAAGAUUCUCUUUGUCUGCCCCAACUUUUUAUCAAGACCGCUGCAAAUUUUGCUCGAAUGUCACAAUGCAUGUAUCAACAUGGAGAUGGCCACGGUAUUUUUGUUGAUGAGAACAAGAAUAGAACCAACUCGUUGUUGUUUGAACCUAUUCCAUUGUUGAUGGAUGCUUAACUAAAGGGCCUUCUCUGC